AUCAUUGGUGGCUCGGUUGUCACUACGAAGCAGCGGUAAAGGACAUAUCGAAAGCAGCAAGAUGACUGAUUGGGUUGGAUAUGGGUAUGCAGCCCUCAUUGCAUCCGGGGGAGCGAUGGGCUAUGUCAAAGCAGGCAGUGUCCCCUCUUUGGCAGCAGGUCUUCUAUUCGGGGGCCUAGCUGGGGUUGGGGCCUACCAGAUAUCACAAGAUCCCAAAAAUAUUUGGGUGUCACUAGUCACAUCAGGAGCCCUGGCAGGUGUGAUGGGAAAGAGAUUCUACGGCUCCAGGAAGAUUAUGCCUGCUGGAAUGAUGGCAGCAGCAAGUAUCCUUAUGAUGGGAAAGCUCGGUGUUGGAAUGCUGCUGCAGAAGCCCCAGGAGUCAUAAUACACUGAUGUAAAAAUCAUUAUCCUCUUUCUUUUCCAUUGUCUUGUAUUAUUCAGGAACAAGCGGUCAUCAGUCAUAUAUGGAUGUUAUUUUGUAAAAAUGUAUAAUUGAACACUGAUUAUAAUAUCUUGUUUAUAAAAUUACAUGGAUGGC